CGUCCCCAUUAAAACCUCUCUCCUUCCUUCCUGUCUCUCUCUCUCCCUAAAAUCUCUCUCCUUCACCUCACUCUCUCUCCACCCCAACCCCCGCUGCCGAAUCCCCAAACCCCCGCCGUCGCAAUCACCCGCCCGUGGGGGCAGCCGCGCGCGGAUUUCUGUGGACUCCGGCGUCCCCGGCCCGGAUUGAUCCCGCCGCCCCUGCUCCCCUCCUCCCGAUUCUCGCCAUCCAAUCCUUCCUUUGCUCCCUUCCUUUCCCGGCCGCCUCCCUGGUUUCUUGCCGAAAUUGCCUGCCACCUGUUUGGACUCCGGACGCGCGCAUAACUUGCCUCGCCAUUGCGGCUGCUCUGCUCAGCCCGGCUGCUUCCUUGGAUCUGCUAGCUCGCCUGCCGCCGGCCUCCGGGCCGCGCAUGCCCGUCCUCCCCCGCUCCGAAUCUCGUCCUCGUUUCGGAGGCCCUCGUCGUAUGCGGAUGAGGAGGGGAUCCUGACCUGACUCUUGCUCGGCUCCGGCGGUCCCCUUCUUGGAUCCUCGCUCGCGGCGGAGGCGUGCCGGGAUGGGUUUCUUGAUCUGCGCCUGCCUCCUCCAGCUGCUCUUCUUGGGCUCUUCUCCGGCGGCGGCGCAGUCGCCGUCUCCGGCGAGGGCCCUGGACGCAAUGCUGCAGGGCUACGCGUACCGGGCCUUCGUCCGGCCGCACACCGGCAUUGUCUACAACGGCACCGUGCCCGCGGACCUCGCCGGCGUCGCGGUGUCCGGGCUCCGCCUGCGCAGCGGCAGCCUGCGGAGGAAAGGCUUCUCCGACUAUUUCGAGUUCAGCAUCCCCCCUGGCGUCAUCGUGCAGCCGUACGUGGAGAGGGUGGUGCUCGUGUACCACAAUUUGGGCGAGCUGUCGGAGAAGUACUACCCGCUCCCCGGCUACACCUACCUCUCGCCCAUUCUCGGCCUGCUGGUCUACGACGCUGCCAACUUGUCAGCAGCGGGGUUGUCCGAGCUGAGCAUCGUCGCGUCAGGGAGCCCCAUUUCUGUGAGUUUCAGCAAUGUGAGGGCGGUGCCCCCAGGCAGUCCAGCGCCGCAGUGUGUCUGGUUUGAUCUGGAUGGCGUGCCACAGUUCCGGGGCUUGGAGGCAAACAACGUGUGUGCAACGUAUCGCCGAGGGCACUUCUCCAUAGUGGUGAACUCCAGUGAGGUUGCUCCUGCUCCAGGGCCUUCAGGCGCAAUUGCCCCACCGAUACCGACUAAUGGUGGUCGUGAUAAGGGUAGUUCGGACGCAUGGAAGAUUGCUGUCGGCGUUGUUGGGGGCGUCAUUGCAUUGGGUCUGUUGGCUUUGCUUCUGGUAUGUUUCGUCAGAUAUAAAAGGGAAAAGAAGAUGGAGGUGAUGGAACGAAAUGCGGAGGUCGGGGAGACUUUGCGCAUGGCGCAGGUUGGGCGGUCGCAAGCGCCUGUAGCGUUGGGAACGCGAACAAAACCUGUGAUUGAGAGCGAGUAUGUUGUGUAGUUGAUCUUUGGUGUUCUGCAGAAUUCAGGCAACAGCAGCAAUGCUCUAUGAUGAUGCCCUGAGAUGUGGAAUUGUCCACCGGUCAGUUGAGGCAGAACGCAUUCCAUGUCAGUGAGGGUGCUGUGAAUUGCUAGGUUUAGGGUUCAGCCGCUGCUCCUUGCGGGUAGCAAAUUCUUUUGGCGGUUCUUAUUAGGACUUGAAUUGUUCUGCAAUGGUUGCUGUUGAUGUUCAUAGUCGCCAUGUUCCUUGUUGGGUUCAUCUGCAAGCAAGCAAUGGAGAAGAGAUAUUUGUCAUGCCAGAUUUGGAAUCCUUCGAUUAUUUUUUCAUUGUUGUAUUCAGAAGGAAAAUGGGCCUGGCAAUAAGGCUGAGGUAAUAUUCAUUGCACAUGCCAUUGUGCUGUUCCAGUGAAAUUCAUACAGGUUCCAACUCAAUUCCAUUUUGGUGCCUUUUAGCUUCUCCUGUUUGGACAAAUGUUUAAUACAAUGUAAAUGUUUACUCAUUUAGUUUGGUUUGGUAA